CCAAUGGCAGGAGCCGUUUCAUCGGCUGCACAAGCAGCAAGAUCAAAAGUGAGCCUUUUCUGAUUGCUGCAUAGUGUCAAUUGGCCAAUCUCUUCUCCCAGGGAAAAAAAAAAGUAAAUCAAACCUUUGAGAAGCAUUUGCUGGUUGAAGUGCUUUCUGUCUAGUGAGGGGGUCUGUGGAUUUCUAGUUUAUGAUAAAUAGGACUUUAAAAACGAGGGACGGGAGGGCAAGUGUUCAGGUUCUAGAGCUAUGCAGCUGGAGCAUUGCCUUUCUCCUUCUAUCAUGCUCUCCAAGAAAUUUCUCAAUGUGAGCAGCAGCUACCCACAUUCAGGCGGAUCUGAGCUUGUCUUGCACGAUCAUCCCAUUAUCUCGACCACUGACAACCUGGAGAGAAGUUCACCUUUGAAAAAAAUUACCAGGGGGAUGACGAAUCAGUCAGAUACAGACAAUUUUCCUGACUCCAAGGACUCACCAGGGGACGUCCAGAGAAGUAAACUCUCUCCUGUCUUGGACGGGGUCUCUGAGCUUCGUCACAGUUUCGAUGGCUCUGCUGCAGAUCGCUACCUCCUAUCUCAGUCCAGCCAGCCACAGUCUGCGGCCACUGCUCCCAGUGCCAUGUUCCCGUACCCCGGCCAGCACGGACCGGCGCACCCCGCCUUCUCCAUCGGCAGCCCCAGCCGCUACAUGGCCCACCACCCGGUCAUCACCAACGGAGCAUACAACAGCCUCCUGUCCAACUCAUCACCGCAGGGCUACCCCACCGCGGGCUACCCCUACCCACAGCAAUACGGCCACUCCUACCAAGGAGCCCCGUUCUACCAGUUCUCCUCCACUCAGCCGGGGUUGGUACCCGGCAAGGCACAGGUGUACCUGUGCAACAGGCCCCUUUGGCUGAAAUUUCACCGGCACCAAACGGAGAUGAUCAUCACCAAACAGGGAAGGCGCAUGUUUCCUUUUUUAAGUUUUAACAUUUCUGGUCUCGAUCCCACGGCUCAUUACAAUAUUUUUGUGGAUGUGAUUUUGGCGGAUCCCAAUCACUGGAGGUUUCAAGGAGGCAAAUGGGUUCCUUGCGGCAAAGCGGACACCAAUGUGCAAGGAAAUCGGGUCUAUAUGCAUCCAGAUUCCCCGAACACUGGGGCUCAUUGGAUGCGCCAAGAAAUCUCUUUUGGAAAAUUAAAACUAACGAACAACAAAGGAGCUUCAAACAACAAUGGGCAGAUGGUGGUUUUACAGUCCUUGCACAAGUACCAGCCCCGCCUGCAUGUGGUGGAAGUGAACGAGGACGGCACAGAGGACACCAGCCAGCCUGGUCGCGUGCAAACAUUCACUUUUCCCGAGACCCAGUUCAUCGCGGUCACCGCCUACCAAAACACCGAUAUUACACAACUGAAAAUAGAUCACAACCCCUUUGCAAAAGGAUUUCGGGAUAAUUAUGACACGAUCUACACGGGCUGCGACAUGGACCGCCUGACCCCGUCGCCCAACGACUCUCCGCGCUCGCAGAUUGUGCCCGGCGCUCGCUACGCCAUGGCCGGCUCUUUCCUGCAGGACCAGUUCGUGAGCAACUACGCCAAGGCCCGUUUCCACCCGGGUGCAGGCGCGGGCCCUGGGCCGGGGACGGACCGCAGCGUGCCGCACACCAAUGGGUUGCUGUCCCCGCAGCAGGCCGAGGACCCCGGCGCGCCAUCGCCGCAGCGCUGGUUUGUGACGCCAGCAAACAACCGGCUAGACUUCGCGGCCUCGGCCUACGACACCGCCACGGACUUCGCGGGUAACGCGGCCACGCUGCUCUCUUACGCGGCGGCGGGCGUGAAGGCGUUGCCGCUACAGGCAGCCGGCUGCACCGGCCGCCCGCUCGGCUACUACGCCGACCCGUCGGGCUGGGGCGCACGCAGCCCCCCGCAGUACUGCGGCGCCAAAUCGGGCUCUGUGCUGCCCUGCUGGCCCAACAGCGCCGCUGCUGCCGCGCGCAUGGCGGGAGCCAACCCUUACCUGGGCGAGGAGGCCGAGGGCCUGGCCGCAGAGCGCUCGCCGCUUCCGCCCGGGACCACCGAGGACGCCAAGCCCAAGGACCUGUCCGACUCCAGCUGGAUCGAGACGCCCUCCUCCAUCAAGUCCAUCGAUUCGAGCGACUCGGGGAUUUACGAGCAGGCCAAGAGGAGGCGGAUUUCGCCAGCAGACACGCCGGUGUCGGAAAGCUCGUCCCCACUCAAGAGCGAGGUGCUGGCCCAGCGGGACUGCGAGAAGAACUGCGCCAAGGACAUAGGCGGCUACUAUGGCUUCUACUCGCACAGCUAGGCCGUCCCUGCCUGCUUAGGGCCCGCGCGCCGCCGCGGCCCUACCCCCCAGCCAGCCCCUCACAGCUCUUCCCCAGUUCCUCUUUCCCAGGCCCUACUUUGAGUGCCCUCUCAUUUUACUGACCCUCGAUGACCGUCUGCAGCGAAUAAGUGCAGGUCUCCCACUAUGAUUUAACCCUACCCCCACUUUUUUUUGCACAGCCGUCUCUGCAAUUAGAGCACCGACCUUCAACUUUGCUGUAAACCUUUUGGUUUUCCAACUUCAUCUCCUUCUAUGAAGUUAUCCUUCUAAUAAUCCUCCUCCCCUUCGUCUGUCUCUCACCUCCUCCUUCUUUUUCUUGUAAUGAAACUCUUCACCUUUAGGAGACCUGGGCAAUCCAGUCAGGCAGAAUCGAUUCCGACUCGCCGUGUCUCGGCCUCCCCAUUAACCAUAGGAUGUUGACUCUAGAACCUGGACCCACCCAGCGCGUCCUUUCUUAUCCCCGAGUGGAUGGAUGGAUGGAUGGAUGGUAGGGAUGUUAAUAAUUGUAGUGGAACAAAGCCUGUGAAAUGAUUGUACAUAGUGUUAAUUUAUUGUAACGAAUGGCUAGUUUUUAUUCUCAUCGUCAAGGCACAAAACCAGUUCAUGCUUAACCUUUUUAUUUCCGUUUCCUUCCUUUUCCUUUUCUUCUCUCAUUCUUCCUUUCUCUCUUUUCUAUUUUCUUGUGAGAUAAUUAAAAACAUUCUAAGAGGCUCUGGAAACAAUGAAAUACUUGAUAGUCAUGGGUUUCUCACUUCUCCUCAAUUCGUUGCAUGAAAUAAUUACUAUGUGCCCUAAUGCACACAAAUAGCUAAGGAGAAUCUGCCCAAACACCUGUAAAGGAUAGGUGUCUGUUCAUAGGCAAGUAGAUUAAGUGGCAUGAUGCCUGCAAAGCAAAGUUAACUGGAGUUGUGUUUUCCUCCCUUCCUUCUAAAUAGAAUAGCUCGACAUCAGCAAUAUUAUUUUGCCUUAUUUGUUUUCCCCAAAGUGCCAAAUCCAUUACUGGUCUGUGCAGGUGCCAAAUAUGCUGACAAACUGUUUUUGAAUAUCUUUUCAGCCCCCCUCCACCUUUAUAUGCUGUAAAUCUUUGUAAUGAAUACUCUACUAAUGAUAUAGAUGACUGAAUUGUUGGUAACUAUAGUGUAGUCUAGUGAAGAUGAAUUGUGUGAGUUGUAUAUUUUAUUGCAUUUUAGUUUUGAAAAUGAUUCCCCCUGCCACUUAGAAACAGCUGAAAUUUGACUUCCUUGGGAAAACACUAGCAUAAUGCAAAUAAGACUGAUUUCCCCCCUCUAAGUCUUGUUAUAUUUGAUAAGGAACAUUAAUCCCCCUGGAAAUAGAUUAGUAAGAUUUCUAAUGUUGUGUAGCAAACCUAUACUUUUUUUUUGUAUUUUAAAAUUAAUGUGAAAUAUGCAUCAUACACAAUAUUCAAUCUAGAUUCCAGUCCAUGGGGGGAUUUUUUCCUAAUAGGAAUUCAGGGUCUAAACGUGUGUAUAUUUUGGCUCUUCUGUAAAUCAAAUGUUGUGAUUUUUAUAUUUGUUUCGUUUUGUCUGUGAACUGAAUAAUUUAUACAAGUACACACUCCAUUGAGAAACGUUUUGUUUUUUGCUCGUUUGUAUCGUCUGUGUAUACAAGUAAAAUAAACCUGGUAAAACGCUAACUAUGGUGUUUGAAAGCAGUUUACAGUUUGAAAAUAAUUAUUAUAGGUAAUUACUUUUAAGGGUUAAGGAAGAUUAGCCUGUUCCUACUGAUAAGGAGUAGAAUGUUUAUUUGGAACCACCUCUAAUUUCCUCCUUGAAUUUGCUUUAUAGCACUCUCAGGAAUUGCGAUUUCCUUUUUAUUUACAGUUAUUUAGUUCCCUGUGAGUCAAGUUUCUUUUUAUUGCGCUCAUCCCCCCAACCGAAAAUAUACCUACUUUCUUCAUAUAUGUCUCUGAUUCUCUCUGAAGUUAGAAAUGAGGCGAACAGGAAAAGUAGGGUCUUUAAAUAAGGAGUUAAGAAUUUCUUUAAAUUUCACAAAGUAAGGUGGGAAGUAUUGGAUGAGAGUAGGCUGUAAUUUUAAAGCAUGGUAAGAUAGGCUGUUGACGACAGGUGUCAAAAAUGUUGGUCUUACUAAGAGGCCUUGGAGGUAAAUGCAAACACAGAAUGGACUACAUUUCUUGAGUGAAUGGUUUUGGGGGAUCAUGUGGGGUGGGGUAGAGAAGGACCCAUAGAACAAAUCCAAGGAAGAGCCAUUUGUAAGCACUGAGUUUAAAACUUGUUUUGGGAGGUGUCUGGAGGCUACUAGCUAUGUCACUCCUUUACAGGAGUUCCCGUGCCAGUUCCCACCCAGACCAGAUUCCCAUCCCUUGAGAACAAAUAUAAAAAUGAGAAAUUUCCGCCUGGGGGCCGCUGCGCCUUAGGCAAGGAUUCCGCAGAGUUCCACCUUCACCUGGUAGAGAUGUGAUUUUUUUGGCCUUUGGUCUCUAAAGAGGUGAUUCAGGAUAGAGUCAGAAAAAUGGUUUAACGUUCUUGCUUAGUCUGGGCUGGCCUCAGGUUACCGGACAAAAUCUAGAGACUGUCCUGUGUCCCCUUUGCAGUCUGACAGACGUAAAGAACCUUCAAAAUUCCAAUUCAAAAGAAAAUUCGAGGGAGGAUGAAACUGACUUGCCUUCCCUGGACAAUUCCGCCACUAGACGGCGUUCCGUGGAGUUUUGUCUGCCACACAGAAAAGCGAUGACUGAUUCUCCUUUGUGUUUCCUUCUCCUUUGCACAUCUAAGAACUAAAGAAGAGGACGAAAAGUACAAAACACGGUGCAUGUGUUAGCAAGUGAAGUGGAGUAAUGCAUUCACGUAAUCACUCACCCGACCAGGGCUGAGCUCCUGCUACCUGGCCACCUAGUCGCGCUGAGGAGCAGGCGCACGUGCGGUCGCGGGGGAGAGGCUGCGGGGGCAGGGGUGGUAAGAACUC